CUUUAAAACACCGAGGAUCGGGCAGUGUGAGGAGAAAGGUCAUGCAGCACUACGGGGUGAACGGCUACUCUCUGCACGCGAUGAACUCCUUGAGCGCCAUGUACAACCUGCACCAGCAGGCUGCGCAACAGGCGCAGCACGCGCCUGACUACAGGCCAUCCGUGCACGCGCUUACCCUCGCCGAGAGAUUGGCUGACAUCAUCCUCGAGGCUCGCUACGGGUCGCAGCACCGCAAACAGAGGCGGAGCCGCACCGCCUUCACGGCACAGCAACUCGAGGCCUUGGAGAAGACGUUCCAGAAGACUCACUACCCGGACGUGGUCAUGCGCGAGCGGCUGGCCAUGUGCACUAACCUCCCCGAGGCCCGCGUGCAGGUGUGGUUUAAGAACCGCAGGGCCAAGUUCCGUAAGAAGCAACGCAGUCUGCAGAAAGAGCAGCUCCAGAAACAGAAGGAGACCGAGGGAGGAGAAGCAGGAGCAGGAGGAGAGAAGGAGGUGCUCCCUUCCACCACCAUUCUCCCAGACGUCCCCCAGCUACCCCCCUCCUCCUCCUCCUCCUCCUCCUCCCCUCUUGAUGCCGCCGAAGUUCCGGGUCAUCCGUUACCGUUGGAGAUGGAGUUGAACGUGACGUCGGCGGAACAGUCGGGGAGCGAGUCGCCCGCCGAGGACAAUGCCACGGAGGAGGAGGAGCUUAAGAUGCAGAGGGAGGAGCUAAAGAUACAGAGGGAGGAGCUUAAGUGCGAGAGGGUGAUGACACCAGGGACUCUGUCUCCAGGGUGUAAAAGACUAAGCCCAAAAAAUGACUCCCCCCUGGCCUCGCCCCUGGCCUCCCCCUCUUCCUCGUCCUCCGGCGGGGUGGGCGGGGCCAUGUCCCACUCCUACUCUUCCUCCCCUCUCAGUCUCUUCCGCCUUCAGGAGCAGUUCCGCCAACACAUGGCCGCCACCAACAACCUGGUCCACUACCCCCCGUUCGAGCUGUCCUCGGCCAGCCCCUCGCUGCCCUACCUGGGCAUGAACGUCAACAUGCCCCCACCGCCCCUGGGCUCGCUGCCCUGCCAGUCCUACUACCAGUCCCUCUCCCACCACGCCCAGCAGGUGUGGAGCAGCCCCUUACUUCAGGCCUCCGGAGGCCUGCCCAGUCACAACAGCAAGACCACCAGCAUAGAGAACCUGAGGCUGAGAGCCAAGCAGCACGCAGCCUCCCUGGGGCUGGACACGCUGCCUAACUGA